AUGGACGGGAGUGAGGGCGGGCUAGGGGAGGAUCAUUACCCAUGGUCAGCACUAGAAGCAUCACGUGGUGUCAGCACCACCAGCCCCAACCCGUCUCAGGGCCCCUCAACCACAGGUCCGAGCUCGGUAACGGUCACGGCAUGGACAAGACGCAGCUGCUCACCGCGUACAUCUUCACGGGGGUCUUCCACGAAACGGCACAGCGGUAGCUCAGAUGGGAUUGGGAGUCAGACAUCCAAAGGAAAGGCAACGGCGCCCAUGGCCGGGAGCAGCGGCCACAUCAGCGAUCGCUCAGAGGGCGCAGAGAUAGGCGCGGGUGACGAAACGCCGGGUCUGCAGUUUGGUGACGAGCAGUUUCGUCCCUUGCCAACCACCGACUCCGCCGUCCCCAGGCACUUCUCGCGACCCCCCAUGCCGCCGCCCUUGACGCCGCCGACACUUCAAGGCACCUUCUUCCCCUUUGAGGACCGCCGCCCGAGCUAUGCCGCCUCGCUACCCCCAGCACUCGACGCGAGCUUUAUCCACCAGCCUAACCCGGAGUAUGGGGCCUCUUCUAGUUCUGCAGACGUAGUCAGCUCCAGCCCUCAAAAUGCGAGCGCUUUUCCCCGCCGGAGAUCCUACACCAGAAGCGUCCCCAUUGGCGUCCCUAUCCCGCCCACCACCGCCUCUGCGUCCUCUUCUGCGGAGACGAUGACCUCCGGAAGCACGACAAACACCUUCUCCCCGUCGAGCUACCCGCCAACAUCCCCCCUCCUCCCACCACCGCCGCCAGGUCAAUACGAGCUACCGCCGUCAGCACCACCAGCGUACGAGUUUGUCGGCGGGCCAGGCGGACCGGGCGUUCUAUUAUCCCAGCAAGAGAUCGAUCUGCAAGGGGAGAUCAUCUCGGUGAUGGACGAUGCCGGACACGGGUGGAAACGGCAUACCAGAGUAUAUGGCGGUGGCGUUUGCUUGGCGUGCGUUGCGGCCGCGGGGAGGGAUGGCGAGCAGGGCGGGUUCUAUGGGGACAAAGUGCCGCUCGAGGAUCGGCGGUAG